AUAUGGUUUCUUUGCUGAGGGUUCUCUUCUAUUCGAAUCUAUGGGAUAUUCCUAUCAUCAGAAACGAACAUCUGCAGUAAUGGCGGGAAUAUAAGCCAGUGAUGGCUUACCAUAUACCUAUGAAUCUUCCUUCCAUGGUGUCUCCCAUCUCGAUACACUUUCCCACAUCUCUCUCCAGCCAUUUCUUGUUUUUGCGCCACUUUCCCAUCUCCCAGGCACAAACAGCACCCAGUAAACAACCCUUCAAUGUACUAUUCAUUCAAUUCCAAAGUCUUCAAAUUCCUCCAUUUCUUACCUCUCUGCAAAAAAGCCAAUCACCUCAAGUAUCUCACGUCUCUUCUUGUCUUGCAUGGUCUAAUUGAACACAAGGGUCUACUAGGACAGCUUUUAAAGGCUUGUUUUCAUCUGGGUGCUUUUGAUAUAGCUCUCUCAACCUUCAAUACUAUCAGAAAACCAAGCGUCUUCCUGCGAAAAUUGGUGAUUAGGGGUCUUAGCAAUCAUGGAUUACACGAACAUGUCCUGUCUGUGUAUUUGAACUGUCGGGUUUCUGGUUGCCCAUCUGAUCAUUUUACGUUUCCUUUUGUGAUAAAGGCGUGUUCGGCUCUUGGUGCUUUUGGGAUAGGAAAAGAGAUUCACUGUGUUGUUUUGAGAACUGGGUACGGCCAAAAUGUGGUUAUCCAGACUGCUUUGAUUGAUUUUUAUGCAAAGAAUGGCAACUUAAGGACUGCACGUGCACUGAUUGAUAGAAUUCCGCAACCAGACUUGGUUUCUUGGAAUGCUUUGCUUGCUGGUUAUUCUUUUCUUGGGUAUGAACAUAAAUCCUUAGAGAUUUUCAAGCAUAUCUUUUCAGUGGGUUUAAAGCCCAAUUUGAGCACUCUGGCUAGUGUAAUUCCAGUUUGCAGCCGUUCAGGAUGUUUGGAUAUUGGAAAAUCUCUCCAUUGCUUUGCUGUUAAGUCUGGAUAUCUUGUGAAUGAUUUUCUGGUGCCUGCUUUAAUUUCAAUGUAUGCUAGUGAUAUGCAUUUGUCUGCUGCUAGAAACUUGUUCGAUUUUGUGCCAGAGAAGAAUGUAGCUGUUUGGAAUGCUAUUAUUUCAGCUUAUGUGCAAAAGCAGAUGCCUUUUAAAGCAUUUGAGAUUUUUCAAAAAAUGCUCCAUUCAGAUGUACAGCCUAAUUCAGUCACUUUUGUGUCAAUUAUUCCUUCUUGUGAGAUCGUCAAUAGUAUCUGGUUUUGUGAAUCCUUUCAUGCUUGUGUUAUAAAACGUGGAUCAGAAAAUCAUGUUUCUGUGUUAACAGCCCUUGUGUCCGAGUAUGCCAAGCUUGGGCAUAUCAGUAAAGCGAAAUUUAUUUUUGAGUGGAUCCCUAAUAGAAACAUCUUAUCAUGGAAUGUGAUGGUUUCUGGACAUGUGCAUAAUGGACUGUGGGAAGCAAGUUUGGAAACCUUUUGUGAAAUGCAAUUGCGUGGAUUUAUUCCAGAUGCAGUGUCUCUAGUUAGCGUCCUUUCUGCUUGCUCCAAACUGGAGGCCGUUUUACUUGGUAAGUCUGCCCACGCAUUUAGCAUUAGAAAGGGAAUCAACUCAAACCUAAGUGUGUCAAAUGCACUCCUGGCAUUUUACUCUGAUUGUAAUCAGCUUGCCUUUUCUUUUAAGCUGUUUUUCACGAUGGAUAGCUGGAAUUCUGUAUCAUGGAACACUAUAAUAUCUGGGUGUGUACACACUGGAGAAUUCAGAAAGGCAGCUGAACUUCUUCAUCAGCUGCAGGAAAAGGGCCUGGCAUUGGAUUUAGUUACCCUGAUAAGCAUUCUCCCUAUGUAUUGUGACUCUGAAAAUUUGGGUCAAGGGACGACGCUUCAUGGUUAUGCUAUCAAAAAUGGGUUUGCCUCUGACAUUUCUUUAGUAAAUGCACUUAUUAGCAUGUAUUGUAAGUGUGGAGAUCUAGAUGCUGGAAGAUUACUUUUUGAAGAUAUGCCCAAAAGGUGUGUGGUAUCCUGGAAUGCCCUAAUUGGUGGUAUUCGACAUCACAGUCUCAAGAAUGAGGUUUUGAUCUUCUUUAGACGAAUGAUAAAGGAGGGUCAGAGACCAAAUUGUGUAACAUUGCUAAAUUUAUUGCCUGUAUGCUGCAGCCAACUCCAAGGUAAGUCUAUCCAUGCUUUUGCAAUCAGAACGGGAAUUUUACAAGAAACUCAUCUCCUUACAUGUCUGAUAUCCAUGUAUGCUAGAUUUUCAAAUGUGAAUUUAUCUCUUUUACUAUUUGAAAUGAAUACAAAGAGAGACGUAUCUUUGUGGAAUGCCAUUCUUUCUGUGCAUAUCCAAACAAAGCAUACUGAAAAAGCAAUUGCCUUCUUCUGUGAUUUGCUUCUAAUGGGCUUGCAACCUGACUAUAUCACAGUUCUAAGUUUAAUUUCAGCAUAUGCUCAACUAAAUAGCCUGAAACUUGCUCAUUCUGUAAUGGCGUACGUGAUACGCAAAGGAUUUGACAAAGAUGUGGUCAUCAGCAAUGCCCUUAUAGAUUUAUAUGCAAGAUGUGGAAGCAUUUUUGCUGCUAGAAAGAUAUUUGAGGGCUUGCCUGUAAAGGAUUCUGUCUCUUGGAGUGUGAUGAUUAAUGGGUUUGGUCUACAUGGGAAUGGUCGAGCUGCCCUUGAACUUUUCUCUGAGAUGCAAUUUUCAGGGGUAAGAGCUGAUGAUAUAACUUUUUCAAGUAUUUUAUCAGCUUGCAGUCAUGCUGGUUUAGUUAAGCAAGGUUGGCUAGUCUUCAACUCCAUGUUAGAACAGGGAAUAUCGCCAAAAAUGGAGCACUAUGCCUGCAUGGUGGACCUACUUGGGAGAACAGGUAACACGAAAGAGGCUUAUGGUGUUGUUGAGAAGCUACCUUGUAAACCUUCAAUUAGCCUACUGGAAUCCCUGUUGGGUGCUUGUAAAAUCCACGGGGAUGUUGAAGUCGCAGAGAAAAUCUGUGGGAUGCUCUUCGAGAUGGAACCAGAAAAUUCAGAAACGUAUGUGAUGCUUUCCAAUAUAUAUGCAGCAGCUGGACGUUGGGUAGAUGCCAAUAGAGUGAGGUCUGGUAUGGAAGGAAGACAACUGAGAAAGGAAGCUGGUUUUAGUUUUCUAACUGUGGGAUGAAAAGAUCAAACAAUUGAGGCUUUCAUGUGACAGCCUGCGGUGGAUCACGGCAGAAAGAUUCUCAAUGUGGGAUACGUUUAUUAGAGCACAAUUUGGAUAGCAAGUUAAGAGUAAAAUUUCGGCAGAGAAAGAAAUUCAGGAGUGGAAAUGAGCGCCAAAAACAUAGCAGUGCCAGGGGGAAGAAUUAUACAAUGAAAAUAAUGAUUUCAUUAUGAUCAUUAAUUAUAGUAAAUUUUACUGUUAUAGCGAAAUUAGUGUAUUUAUAUCAAUUUCACUGAAUAAAAAUUCAUGAUAAUUGGUACCGGCCA